AUGGUGCAGGAGGGUCUGGGGGACAACUCUGUUCGGCGGAUCAAUGGCAACGUGAAGUUCCUCUGGGAGCACUGCGACGUCUUCCCCGCUGCGGACUUUUCGGUGUUCGCUCUGGACGGCCUGGGCAAAUGGCAGGUCUGGAUCAAGUCCUGCUACUUGCCCUUUAUGGUUUUUUGUUGA